AUGGAGGACCCGUUUGGAAGCACGUAUGGGCUGCCCGUCGAGCUUGUGCUGCAUGUACUGAGCUUCCUGGACCCCGUGUCGCUGGCGGCGGCAAGCAGGGUGAGCGGCCAAGACGGCGAAGGCGACGAUGAUGGCGGCGAGGAUGGCGAUGGCGGCGAUGGCGGCGAUGGCGGCGAUGGUGGUGAUGGCGGCGAUGGCCCUGACGAUGGGCGGCGGCUGUCGGCGGGCGGCAGGGUGCUGGCGCGCAACCUGCCGCUGCAGCGGAGCGAGUGGCGCGAGGCGUACGUGGCGCUGCAGAAGCUGGCGGUACCGGAGCGGGUUGUGCCGCUGGUGGUGGAGGCAGCCGACGCAUCGUCGGUGGACAUCGACCCGAAGACCGGCGCCGGGUACGUCGACCAGGGCCCGUGCGAGGUGCUGGACAACUCGAUGUCGUUCUGGUCGUCGAUCGGCUCCGAGACAGCCGAUGCCAACGAGUACCUUCUCCUCCGCCUCGACGCGCCGGCCAUCGUCACCCACCUGGCCAUCAAGCCGUUCCAGGCUGUCUUCCAGCCGGGCGAGCCGACGUACGCCCCGGUGACCUACCGCUUCUCGAUCGGCUUUCUCCCGCGUGACUCGGGCGAGGGCGAGGGCGAGGGCGAGGGCGAGGAGAGUGAGGAGGGAGAGGAGGGCGAGGCUGUGUCCGCGACCUCAUCGCGAGCGCUGGUCAUGGCGCCCGGCGACCGAGGAGCGGCCAUCUCGCCGGGCGCGAUUGCAGGAGGCGACGGCGUGGCGAGGGAGGGCCCGGACGGGGUGUGGACAUACGUCUCGGCGGAGAUCCACGCCGAGGAGAGCGGAAACGACGUGGCGGUGGUGCCGGUGCUUGCACUUGGCGAGGUCAUCAAAAUCGAGCUUCUGGGCAAGACGCAGACGCAGCCGCAGGACGACAAGUGGUACACGUGCGUGCAGCGUGCGGCGGUGUGCGGGCUGCCACUGGCGGCAGUGGACUCACCGCCGCUGCGGCGGAGCCUCAUCGCCGCCGCUGCUCAUCGUGGCGGCCUGCCGUGGCCCGACGUUCGUGCCGCCUUCCACGCGGCAGGAGGCGAGUACGCGGCGUACGGUCCGCUGGCCGAGGCCAAGCUCGCCAUUGUGUCCGAAGAGCGGCUGAAGGCGGCGGCGCUGGCGACGGAGCUGGCGGAGCGGGCGGCUGCUGCGGCGGGUGACGGCGAUGUGCCGGGAGCGGUACGGGCGCUCCGUUCGCUGGUCAUGAUGGACGAGCGACGGCGUGCGCUGGCGGUGGCGCAGGGCGGCGGCGUGGAGCUCCUCUCGGCCUAUCUCGACGCGCUCUUUGCCGGCGGCGAGGGUCUGGCGGCGGAGGAGAUCCUGGCGGCGCUGGACGCGGUCGAUGUGGCGACGGGCGCGCCGUACGACGCCGUCAAGUUCUUCACCCUCGUCAUGCGGGCGAACGAGCUUGUGCCCUCUCUCGGCGACGUGCUGCUUGACAUGGGCGCGCCCUCGCUCGCCUGGGCCGUCUACCUCGAGGCCGGGGCGUACACCAAGGGCGCGGUGGCCAUCGCAUCGUCGGGUAACCUCCGCGAUGCCGCCGCCGUCCUCAACUCGGUCCGCUUCGGCAAGGGCGUUGUCCGUGUCAUCGAGCUCGCCGCCGCCUACCUCCCGCCGCCCGUCCUCGCCGCCUUUGUCGUCGUCAUGAGCUCGUCGGAGCACCUCCUCCCCGAUGGCUACGUCCCCAACGCGGUCUGCCACCUCCUCGGCUGCGCCGCCAACACCUCGGUCGCCCAGCUCCGUGCCCAGCUCGACGCCGCCCACCCCGGCCUGACCGCCUCGGCACUCUCGGGCGCCAUUGUCGCCAUCGACGAGUACUCGGACAGCGGGCCAGUCCUUCGCGGAGAGGCACCGCGCGGACUGGAUAGCGCGGCACGAGCGGCGGCGCUUGAGGCAGACCCAUCGGUUCCACGCCGCGUUUGUGGCGGCGGCCGGCGCGGCGGUGGUCAGGUCACCGCCGACGACGACGCCGCCAACACCUUGGCCAUCCGCAUCGAGACGCCGGUCUCCCUGGCGCGCAACGCGCUGCGAGCAGACAUCGCGCCGCCGCCGGCAGCCGAUCUCGGGGCGUUUUCGUCGUCGGUGGCGAUCUAUCGCUCGCUCGGCGGCUGCCGGACGGUGGCCGGAGGCGGCGGCGCAUCGCUGUGGGCCGAGGCGCGUGCGGUGCGGGCCGAGUUGGUCCGCGGCAUGAGCCGUGCGGCGAGGCUGCCGGGCCUCAUGCCGCUGGUACCGGCGCCGGCGAGCCGAUGGAUGGCGGCGGAGAAGGCGGCGCUGGCGGCGGCUGCCGAUCUACGCGAGUCCACGGUGGAGGUGUCCAACCUCGGCGCAGCUGAUGCGCUGGCGGCGCCGACCUCGGGCGCGGUCAUCGAGUCGGCGGUGUGGGGCCAGUCGGCCGCGUGCUCAAACGGCCUCCUUGCUCUGCGGACGAUGACACUCGGCGGUGAGCUCUCUGCCGUCGUCUGCUACGCUGCCGAGCUGGUCGAUGCCGACCUCGUCGCCGCCUUUGCCCGCGCCUGGCUGGCCGCACUUGUGGCCAUGACCGCUGAGCACAAGCCAUAGUCGGUAUAGCAGCUCGCCGGCGAUAGCAACAGCCAGGAGCAGGAGAUGGAUGUGGGGAGGAUGUGUGGUUUGAGGCCAAAUAAAA